AUGUCUAACAUUCCUCGCAUCGACGUUCACCACCACAUCAUUCCUCCCCAGCUACAAGGAGUCGGAGCUGGCCUGAAAGGUAUGAAAGUCCCAACAUGGAGUGUCCAGAGUGACAGAGCCUUCAACAAUACAUACAACAUCGCCUCUGCCAUAUACUCCGUCAGCACUCCGGGAGUCACCCACAUAACUGAUCCUGAGGAGGGCGCGAGGGUUGCUCGCACAAUGAACGAAUACUCCGCCAGCCUCCGAGACGCAAACCCAAAUAACGGGUUCUUUGCGACAGUUCCGCCUCUGCAGCACACCGAUCUUGUUCUUGAGGAACUACGCUAUGCGUUUGAUACUCUCCAGGCGGAUGGAGUCACCUUGUUCACCAGCUAUGCCACCCCUCAGGGAUAUCUCGGACAUGCCGAAUAUGUUCCAAUCUGGGAAGAGCUGAAUCGCCGCAAGGCUGUUGUCUUUGUCCAUCCCAUCAACAACGUUGCCGCCGUCUACUUUGACGAGCGACUUCCAAUGCCGGCUUUUGAUUGGCCACACGAAACAGGACGUACAGCCAUGGACUUGAUUCUCAACAGACGUCUCGAGCAGUUUCCCGAUGUCAAGAUCAUUCUCUCACACGCUGGCGGAACACUUGCUGCCCUUGUCCAGCGAGCGACAAUGAUAGCCUUGCCUGAAUUUGGGGAGAUCAUGAGCGCAGAGGACAUUAUUAAACAAGCGAACCAGUUCUACUUUGAUACGGCACUUUCGGGAAGUCAGGAGGUGUUUCCUAUGAUACUCAGAUUCGCCAAGCCGGGGCAUUUGCUUUUUGGUAGUGAUUUUCCGCAUGCGCCUGAGGAACUAAGCAACCACUUUACUAAGUUUGUUGAUGCGUUCCCGUUGGAAGAUGAAAAGAAGAAGGAUAUUUACUACGAAGCGGCUUUGAAGCUGUUUCCAAGACUCGAGGGGAACUUUCAUCGUUGA